AGCUUGAAGCUUGUAUUAUAGCUAGAUUUCUUAGCAACAUUAAUACGUACAAAACACAAAUUAAAUAUGGCCGACAAACCAAAACGUCCACUAUCUGCGUACAUGAUAUGGCUGAGCAGCGUACGCGAGUCCAUCAAGCGGGAGAAUCCUGGCAUUAAAGUUACUGAGGUGGCGAAGCGCGGUGGCGAACUCUGGCGCGGACUGCGGGACAAGUCUGAGUGGGAGGCAAAGGCAGCCAAGGCCAAGGAAGAUUACAAUCGUGCCAUGCAAGAGUUUAAGGCGAAUGGUGGCGACAACGCAGGCUACCGUGGUGGUGCCAGGAAGCGCGCAAAGCCAGCAAAGAAACCAGCAAAGAAACAAUCGAAAAGGAGCAAGAAGUCUGAGUCUGAUGACGAUGAGGAGGACGAGAGCGAGUAACUUAACAACAGUGGACCUGUCAAUCGUCGUCAGAUGUAUUUCUCUACUCCAAAUUAAACACCUACCCGGUCAUAGUACCCCCAUCAAAUAGUCUACAAAAAUCAUUAAACGACAACAAAGAUCCGAUCAAAAAUUGCGUUAGUGUGGGCUUCAACUGCCGCCUUCAGCAAAAUCCUCGCCACACAACACAAAAAACAAAAAUAAAUUGUAUUUAAAUAUUAGUA